CAGACACUUCCGGGUUGGCGCGCGCUUUCGAGUGACACGAGCCCGAAAGAAAGUCACUAAAACGCUUUUAAAACUACAAACACGAGACUCACAUUAUAAACCCAAUGGAAAUUACACCACUCAUGGUUGUUUAAAUACAUCAUGAAGCGCGCCAUUUCGACUUUGAACCAACUCUCGUUUUGUGGUAAGAUAAUCACAUUUAAUCACGCCUUGAGUGACAAUCGAGUGAUAAGCGAGUUGACGUGCCGUGGCUUUUCUUUCCAACCGGAGCAAGCGGGGUUCCUGCAGACAUCACAAGGAGCGGCUGUCAUCAGCCACCAAAGUGCUGCACGCGUGGACGCCUUCAUAAAGUCCAAAAGCGUCUUGUGUGUUCAUAGCAGGACCACCGCGCCGUGUGUCCUUGUGGCAAAAAAGAACAAGAAGGCGGACUUUUUUCUCUAUAAACUUUUUACUGUCAAUGGAGCAAACCAGCUGGAGCCCCGCGUUGAGUUCUCACUCCCUUACAAGCCAAGUGGGGACAUUUGCAUUCUCCAGGGACCGACAGUGUUGUGGACACAUGCUGAUGCUGUGUUUCAUGCAUCAAGUGAUUCAGGAGGGAUCAAACGGGUGCCCCUCCAACUGUCCCAUUGUCUUAUCGGUGAGCUUCCCCUCUAUAAGAGACAAGUGUUCAUACUGGGACAACAACAGUGUUCCACUCAGCAAACUGUGGCGUAUUUGCUUGGGAGCGGUCUCACCUUUGACGGCGCUGUGAUUUUACCUCCCCCUUAUAUUUGCAUCACAAAGUGCAUCUCCGUGCUGUCAGCCCACCAAGCAGGCAGCCUGCUGCGCUGCACUGUGCUUGCAGCCACUUCCAAUAAACAACUGGUUUAUUUGGAGAAUGGCGUGGUUGAAGACACAUGCGCACUCCCGUUCGAAAAACCAGAAGACAUACAGGUGGUCUACACCGGAAGAAAUGGAGUCAUCUUUGUUAUAUCUUUCGACGGGGGCCAUGUGUGUGCUGUGUGGAAGGAUACAUUUCAAAUAGCCGCCCAGUGGUCAAAUGUGUUCUCUGUGCACGUGGAUGACUAUCUCGGAUGCGGUACAGAGCAGAUAUUGUUGAUUUUUAAGGAUGAUUGCGUAUCGGGUCAGCCGCUGGAACAUUUCAUCAUAACUGACCUCUGCGGAAUCUCCUUUUCUCGUGGCGAGCACAGCGGCGCAACGGUGAAGACGCCUCCUCCGCCAGCGAACCAACUCCUCACAAUUCAAGCUUUGGAGUCCAGACUGCAGAGUGGACUGAGUGUGCUGCAAGAGCUUCAAGGAGAAGUGAGAGUGAAGGACAGAGUUGUGCAGCAGUCAGUGCGAGCGCUCACUGAUGUGGUCCACCAUCGAGAGCCGAAGCUCACACAGCCAGAGCAGGAAGCACUCGUCGCUCUUUGGGAGAGUGAUGACGAGUCGAAGGACGAGGCCGCUGAUGACGAGACCCAAGCCGUGCCAGCGCUGCCCUGCAGACCUCACGUUGACAAGCUGUGGCAUCGCGUCGUCGACGCACGAAUGGUCGUGGGAGUGAUACUUGCUGCCGGCGGCUCAGUACCAGCGGUCGGCACGAGCUUAUCCAUCUUGACAGAGGCGGGCCACGGCUCCACGCCCGCAGCCAUCCAAACUCAAAGCCAAGCGCUGUGGCUCCCCGCGCUCGGUCCCUCACCCUCCGCCUCCUCCUUCUCGCCCGCCACCUUCCCUGAGCCGGCAGCCAAAAAAAGCAAGCGGCACGACGCAGGCGGCUCGAAUGAUCUCAACACGGCCAGACUCGCCGUGACUGCCGUGACCAGGCUGGCACCUCUGCUGAACUCUGGCUGUGUCAAGUGCAAUGUCAUGCUCCAUUACGCCCCGAGACGAGACGCUUCAGUCCUCGCCGGUGUACCGUCACCGAUUGUCUACCAUUGUGGUCAACUCACUGUCGACAUUCACGCAGACUUCAAAAUUCAACUGUUGAACAACCCUGAGCUUAAAACAGACGAGGCUCAGGAGGACUUGCUGUGUCUGCUGGCGGUGCUAGACCACUGGGUCUUCCGCAUAGACUCUCCCAAUCAUAGCUUGGGCGAUAUCGACGGCUGGCUGCAGAGGAGAGUGGGCUGUAAGAGGGUAGAAGUGAGCCCUCGGCAUCGAAUGUUUGCUUCUCAAGGACUCUCUUCUCUCUCGCUGCUGUGCUGGCGGCACAUCAGUCCGUUCCACGGGGAACUAACGGUCCACUCGAGUCAAUUGCAGAUGCUCCAGCAUCUGGAUGUCCUGCUAGGUUACCUACCAGCAUCCUGCUCCAUCCAGCACAUCCGAGGCCUAAGAGGAGAGGGGUCAUCUGAGGUACUGGCUUUGGCUUUGGAGAAGGAAGUGGCAUCGCUACGGGAAUUUGUGUCACCUCUGCUGCGCGGGGAGCAGGAAGGUGAGGAGAGGGCGAUGGGGUCCAAGGAGAUCCCCGAACCGGGCACGCCGGAAGGCCUCCAGAGGUGUCGACUCGCCUGGCAACGGGACGCGGAGAGGAGUAUGCGGAAUUUGAACCCACGUGUGGAUGUGAGAAGGUACCGUGAGUUUAUUCAAAAGCUGACGGAUGCCCAACUUGAUGGGGAUUUAGCAGCUCUCAUGGAGACUCAGAUGAAAUAAUGCUAUUACUGCUGGAAAAAAAAAUCUUAUUUGGCCUCCAAGAGCAAACUGAUGCUGACUUGAUUCCAUUUUAUUAUCACAUCCUGUCUCCCCUUGAGCAUAUUUCCACUUGAUCACUUCCGAGGUGCCAUCGCUGCAAUCUGCUGCACACUGCUCGUCUUAAUCCUCUAGACUUUGUGUCCCCACACUAUUUGUUGAUGCUCUCUAGUUUCACCCCAAAGUGAGAAAUGACAGUGGGAGGGUGGCGCAAUUGCACAAGGGAAAGCUUUUACUUGUUCUUCCACCUCACGGUUCACUCGUUUUCUUUCUGGUGACACGAUGCAGUUUCAUGUACGAUGCUGCUGUGAAAUUGCACAAGAUGUCUUCAGAUUGACCGAACCAGAAGUCUAUCAUAAACUGACCAAAGGGGACUCAUACAAAUACUGCAUAUGUUUUUUCUCUACCCAAGCCUCACGUCUCACUAUUUUUUUCAUCGAACAGAAUGAUUUUUAAAAUGAUGGCACAUUAAAAGAAUAUCAUAGCCGAGAAAAGAAGAAGCACUUUACUUAGUAAUUAUAUUAGAUAGUCAUGAUUUUUAUUUUUUUUGGUACAUUUGCUGGAUUAUCAAGAUCAUUGCAAUCAACUUUAUGUUUGGAACAUCGAAUAUGCAUGCAUUGAGGAAGGGUGUGAAUUAUUUUGGAUGUCAAACUUUUUCUCAAAAUGUGACAAAAUGACAAAAACAUGUCUCUUAACACAGCGUCCAUCUCCUAAAAAUAAACUAAGAUGUGCAUAAUAAUAAUAAUAAUUAAUUGCGUUGAAUUGAUUUGUCAUGGCCAGCAAAAAUUGGAAUUGCAAAAUGGAGUGCGCUCUACUUUCAUUUUCAACUACUGGGAGUUGGUGACCUGAAGAAGUAGAACGGGUUGUGACUGGUACGGAAAACAGGAGUUCCGAACAUUCAAGAUUUUUCUGUUUCAUUCAGAAAAUUGCGAUAAAAUGUAAUGAUUAAUUAACAGCUAAUUUUCUGUUAAAUCAAUCCAGCCCGUGUGUGCAUUUUGCCCAGAGUUAGGCUCCAGCCUCUUCUAACCCUGAACAGAAUUAAGUGGACUGGGGAAUUGCCAUUCCUAGAAAGAAUAAUUUGCUACUCGUUCGAUGAAUGAACCAAAAUAUUAACAAAGGCUCUCUAUAUGACGCAGUGAAGUUCCACUGCAAACAACAACUACACAAAUCCAAUUCAAGACCCUUGUAUCUGUACCAUAAAAGCAAUAUGUGCAUCGGCACACAAAGAUAUUAAAAAUGAAUAAUGGGUCAAAUGCGUGGCCUCCUGUACCCAGACUGAUGUCCUAAUAAUAGUAGCAUUAUAGUCCUUACAUGCACAACGCUAAACAGUGUCCCGUUUUCAAAAUGAAUCGUGCAUUUUUUUACGUUCAGCCUGGAAUUGAAUUUGAAAGCCAACGAUCCCUGACCUUUUGUCCGCGGUGUAUCUUUCAUGCAGUAGUGAUGGUAAAAUAUCAAAUCAUGACUGUUAUUUAGGUCCAUAUGGAUUGAGAUGCUCAACAUGUCUGCAAUGUUUAAAGAUGACGAGAUGAAAUGAAGGGUAUGAAGGUGUUGUCGAAAAGGCUGGGAAAGUGCAUCUGACUCCAGGGGAAAUUCUUCACAGGGGAAACCUUGCAGUUAGGACGAGAAAUAGUUCUUUUGUGACAAGGAGUUCUGGAACCUUUCCGACACACUAGAGUAGAAGAGAUGAUCAAAGUUGUGGCAGCCAAGCCUGUUUUUCACAAUAGUAGCUUGUUGGUGUUAUGGGUACGCAAGGAAAUGGGGCGCUGAGAAAAGUUCUGAGGGCUGCAUUUCCUUUGCCACUGCAAACCGCGUGUUCAACUGGUUGUACCGUCCUAAUUUUCCCACGGUAGUUUCUUUUUAAUUUACUGCACUAUUCGUGUUGAGCCACAAUAGCGUUCAUCUUCAAUAAUGUACAGGCGCGACAAUUUGCUCUCAGUCUCUCCUUGGCCUUCUCGAUUGGUUGCUGUUGCCAUGGCAACUCUCAUUUCUCACCUCUCCUUGCUCACAAAGCCCCCGCCCCCUCCACUCUUUCCCUCCGUACACCAAAGUUGUUUCGAUCCUCAACGCAAUUAGCAGCUGAAACUAAUUUUUCUUUCAGGCGCUGUCACACGCCGUAAUGACUCCCCCCCUACCCCCCCUACCCCCCCUUCGCUUUACAUAAUUUAAAAAAUAUUAAUGGGCUGUUAUGUAAACUUGGAAGUGAUUGGUUUUCUACAUGAGGAUUAAUGUUAUUGAUUAGUGUACAAUUCCUGUCAUUUGGGCCGGGUGACUCACGCAGGCUUGCAUAUUUAUGUUCCAAGACUUUGUUGUAUUUGCUCUCAAUGCAAAUACGACCCCUAUAAAGAGCUGCACUCACCUGUAUCCUUAUGCGUUGUAUAUGCUGUAUAGUCACGGCUUUUGGCCAAGCACAUCGCAACAUACGUAUUUAUGAGCCUUUUUUUUACACCAAAUUGGCAUUCUGCUGUUUUUGCAACCAGACGCGGGGAUUUUCCAUUCCGAUCAUACUUGAACCGGCACAAUGGUGAAGGUCUAUUAUUAUGCAUUGGAGGAAACCCACCGUCAGAUAAUAUCCACACUACCCCAGGCCACGCAGUCAUCCAUGGCUCGCGUCAUCACCUCGGUGAGAUGAGAGUUUUUAUCUGACCCGCCAUCGGGCCAAAGCAGCAUUUGUCUGUUAUUUUCCACUGAGAUCUCACACGACAGAAAAGCAAUAUAAAGUGUAUCUCUCUUUUUUUUCUUUUUUUUCAUAAAUGCGUAUGGUUGGGCUGACCUUCAAUGAGGUGAGAGAAAAAUGAGGCAAAUGUGGUGCCAGUUCUGUUUAUUGACGUUCAGGCUGAUAAAUAAACAUUUUCAAUAGGAGCAUUCAAAGAAAGAGUUCCUCAGGUCCAUUAGCAGUUCUAUAGAAUACGUGCUAGACAGUUUCAGUGUCGUCCUUUCCACCUUUCUGCGGUACAGAACUGUACGUCUCCAUCCGACAUGUCAAAAGGUACACGGCCGUUGCGAGACGAGUAUACAGAAAGGUAAUUUAUUUUUCAAAUAACCAAGUCUACCUUCAGUUAUAGUUCAUUGGACUAGCGCUACAAAAAAAAGAAAAAAAAAGAUAUCUGGUGCUUUACUUGGAUGGACUAUGUUACAACCAAAAUGGCUUUUGAAACUGGGAAAUAGUUUGUCAGAGUUCCCUAAAGUUUUUCAGUUCAAGAUUCAAAGUAGAAACUUGGUUCCUUCUUCGGACCCAAACUUACAAAAAUGAUGACAUGUACACAUCGGUCAAAAAGAAAUUGUGUGCCUUCUUAGUGAUCAGCGGAUGAGUAUUUUAUACUCAUCGUCGAGGGCACAAUACAAAUAAAUACAUAAAUAAAUAUAAAAUAAUACUGUAAUAGGUUCCAAAUUUGGAAAGCCUUGCUUUAUUCAGUGUGUCCCAAAAGUCACGAUGCACUCCCGUUUUUCGAAUUGGCCUCGUGAGACCGUCAGCAUUUGGCAAGUUGAGGUGUUGCACGUUUUGUAACUCAAGAUUUUGCUGCCUCUGAUUUUGAGAAGCUUUACGGCCGUCACUCAGCUCCAACGCAUUCCUUUUACGCUAUGCGUGGCACGUUUCUCAAAACAGAAUCUGUUCGGACAAACUCCCAGAGCAUGUUUUUGCGCAAAGCGAGGUAAUGUGUGUUUGUGGGGGUUGGUUAGAAAAACAUCUUGCUGGGUGGCAAUUUUGCAACGCUUCUUCGGUGCUAAUUGGUGAGCCAUGGUCAAGAGAAAGCAAUGCUUACAAAAACUGCAAAGUCUAAGCUCAAGCAUGUUAAUUGGCUCACGUCUGAACGAAUAACCACAAUAGAAAGACAUCAAGUGUUAUCGUGACUUUUAUGACAACCUGUAUUGUGAAAUAAUGUCUUUCCAAACACUCACAAGCUUGCAAAAAAAGGGAAAGGACAAAAAUCCCAUGAUCACCGAGCAGUAAAGAUCCCUUUUUACCCUUCUCUCUCCAUUUUUCUUUUUCAUCGUCAGAAAUCAGUAAGCCAACCACUUUUGACAGGUUGCGGUUGUGCGGUACCUAAAGGUUGGUGCUACUUUCCAGUCUGUUGAUUGUAAAAUAGGAAGUCACAUCAUAUCUCAAAGAAAUGUUGGUUGUUCCCCAUCCUUUUUGUGUUCUCCUGAUGAUGAUGUCAAAAACUAUUUUUGUAGCCAAAGCCUACCCCCUGAAGUUAAAAUCCAAAGGAAUUCAAUAUAUAUACCGCAUUGGUCCGAAUAUAAGACGGUGUAUUUUGCAUUGAAAAAAAGUGGGGGCUGUCUUAUAUUCGGGGUCUAGACAUUAUACCAAUUCACGACGCUAAAUGGCGCCAGAUAUCAUUGAAGCGAAUGCUGAACUUGACUCCCCAAGCCAAAGCGAACCCCUGUCACAAAGAAUAAAAAAAAAUAAAAUAGCGGUAGCACAAAGAAGAAAAAUAAAAAAUAGCAGUAAGAAAGAAAAUAGAGGAAAAUAAUAGAAGAGAUAACAGAAAAUGGAGAAACGUAGCGACAAUCUGGAGAAAAGUGGGUCGAAGAUCGGCCAGGUUAACCGGCAGCUAAGGAGAAGUUAUGGUGUAAACUUCAAGAUGCUUUUUCUCUCAAAUAUAUUGUUAUAAUCAUUUGUUUCAGAUGUAGUGUCAUUAUUGUCUGUAUAAAAAUUAAUUUGGUGUUCAAAAAGUCUUUUUUUCAAACUUGAGUCUUCAAAAAGCGGGGGUCGUCUUAUAAUCAGGGCCGUCUUAUAUUCGGACCAAUACGGUAUAUAUUUUAACCUGGUAAGACCCCUUUUAAUCGGGAGAUCCUUGAAUUAUUACAAACGCACAUCCGUAAUAUAACAUGGCCGCAUGUGCUUUUGCGUCUUCCAUAUAAUACAUCUUUCUCUUUACAGUAUAUUGUCUUUAAAGGAAGUGUUGUGACAGUAGUAGGAUAUAAAACAAAUCCCUUUCGAUAAGAAGUUCCUCCCGUGGCAACUUGGAAAAGUCUCAGAGUCUCAAACGAAGCUACCGCACAGUUACAAAUUGUAUCUUAGUUGGACAGACCUCAAGGCAAAGAAGGGUUAGAAAAAGAUUUGGUCCACCGUAACCGGAAUGCUACUAACCCUUGAGUCCCCCCCCCUCCCACCCAGCCCCCCACAGUUUUCCCUAAUUCAGUAUUUGCUGCCGUACAACCUGAACACUCCCGUAAGGUUCACAAACAUGAGACUUUUUAUCCCUGAAAGAAUAUCUCUUGGCAGCGCUCCUCAAUGAUCUUAAGUCUGAGAAACAAGCAGAAGAGCGGAGUCGUUACUUUUUGUCGAUGUCCUCGUGCCUGAUGAUCUUGUAGGUGAUCCAGUAAAAGACGUUGAAGAUGAGGAAGGCCAGAGGGAAGGCAGCUCGAGAGAUGGUAUCGAUCCUCUUGGCUCGGUCCACAAACUUCUUUUUCAUGUUGUCAGUGUCUUUGGGGACAGACGGCUGAGGGUUUGCGGCCGGAGCAGCAUUCUUAACAGCUGAGCCGUCCUUGCUUGGCAGACACUGGUUCAUAUUGUAGCCAGCGAAAUUAAAGCGUCCGUCACGCAUGUCUUCAUCCUGAACAAAACAAACAAACAAACAAAAAACGUGGACACAUUAAACCUCGGGUGGCAUAAACUACGAAAAGAGGGAGGUUAGGCCAAGUUGAGAUGCAAAGCAAUGGAAUUGGAAAGACAUUUGAGUUUCAGAUCAAAAGAUAAAUACUUUUGUUUAGAACUGAUCAUUUCUUAUUCAUUUAAAAUAUUUUUCAUGUAACGGGAGUGCUCCACACGUUUCCACGCCAUUCCCAAACGGGGCUUUGAACGGAAUGGUUGCCAUAAGACUGCCCCGCCUGACAUCAUGCUGUCUUUCAAUAGCAAACUAUUCGAGACGAAAUUAAGUUGUACACUACCCAUCUUGCCAAAAACGUGAACGUUCAAUCAAUUCGACUCAAUGGCCCAAAUUUGAAACAGAAUUCAAUUGAUCACUUCAAUCAAUAUCAUUUCAACAUCUUUGCAUGUACAGGAUAUGCUAGUAAUGAUAGGUGCUAGCUUAAGAUGGCCAGAAGGCUACUUCAAAGAUGUGUAAAAUAGUUUGAGAUUCAUUUAAUGAAAUUAUAAUACUAUGCAGGACUGGUUGAGACACAUCGUUGUCAAUUUACUUUUCCCAUCGGCUUAAAUCCCCAAACACCAACGGUAAACAGCAUAGAAAUCCAAAUGUUGUUCAGCAAUCUGACUGUUGACAAUGCGUUUCCUAUCUUCAUCGACCCAAUGUGCCUGCGCAAACUUCAGUAAACAAGCGAGGUUGAGAGUCUACCUUGUGAUUCUUCCUUUGUCUUCGCCUCAAGCGGAGGAACUCUUUCUGUUGCCUGGAGACGAAAUUAACCCCGGCAUAUUCGAGCAAUGCCGCAAAUACAAAGAGCAGGCACACCGCCAUCCAGAUGUCAAUGGCUUUCACGUAGGAGACCUGCGGGCAGCGGGAAACAUUUUUUAAUUCCAGCUUCUCCUGUCGGCCAGCGGAUCGAUUGCGCUAUGGCAUAAAAAGAAGUCUUACCUGCCAUGGUUUUUCUAAAUUAAUCACAUUGGAUCAUACUCUACGUUUCUCCGCUUAUGCACACCAAACUAGAGAAGCGAUUCGUGCGGCAUUGAUGUUUGUGUGACAAUAAACGCGCUAGGGACGAUAAUAACCGCCUCAGCCACGAACAAUCGCUGGAUGUUGAUAUCACCCCGUCCUCAUUGUGAGGAAGAUGAAAGCUGUAUGUCAGCGUCACCUCGCCGAUUUAGCACGCGGAACGCCGCAACUCAGCUUUAUGAGACCACUCGAGCGAGUGGCGCCUCUCCCUGGCCUCAUUUUAAAUAUUUAUCACCGCUACGUGUCUUUCAUGUUCGAGACCAUCGACGUGUUUGAUGAGCUGUCCCCCGCUCAUACAGAAACAGACUAAUCACUUCAUGGAUCCUCAAUAUGUACCUCCCUCAUGCCUUUACUACGAACAACAUUGAACAAUUUGCAGGUACGUUUAGAAGCGAGAUAUGCACGAGUCCCCCGGCAGAAUGCUGACUUUAAAAGCCCAGUCUUCAGUCAAAUUGGGAAAACACUGAUCUCUCAGCACGGCGCACCUCACACUUUGCUUGAAAUAGUACAAAGGGAAGAGUUCGUCGAGAGGCAGUUGAUAGAAACUGCACAGGUAACUUCCAGUGCACUGGGAAUUAACAUGACUUUCUCAUUAGCUUCGCGUUUAUUUCGAAAGUAACUUGCGUUGUGAGCUUGGGAUAGAAACGUUGUUCUUAUGCUCAAUUCGAGCUGGCUAAGACUGAAGAUAACUGCAAUGCCGGCCCAAAAGCCUCAUUAAAGCAAAACUGCUUUACCAGGGCUGUAAGGAUUAAAAAAAAAAAAAUUAAAUCCUAAAAUUACUAAAGCCCUUCCUUCCUUUUCUUUUUUUUCUCUCAAAAUCUAUCAUUUAUGAACGCGAACAAUUGUGACAGCUUUAAUACGUGAUGAAAAGCACCACUGAUGUAAUUUAUCACCCCAACUGAAUCUUCCUCAGCUGAAACUGACAUCAGACCGCAAGAGCGUCCGACGUUCGUUGCUGUCGGGUAACAUUUAAAGGAAAGGUGCUUCGAUUCCCAGUCAUCCAGGUCAUGGUAAUCCACAAACGUUGAAUCGUCUACCACGGUGCAACGAUUAUCUGCACUAACUGCACAGCCGUCAUAGUACAGUCAAACCUCGGUUUUCGGACGUCUAGUUUCUCGACCAAUUCGGUAUUCGACCAAAUAUUUCGAGUUUUUUAUGCCUCGGAUGACAAACAAAUUUCAGUUCUCGAACAAACUGAGCGCACUUGAAUGCACCAUUUGACUCCUCUCGCUUUCUUUACACGAGGAAGUGACGCGUCCUCGUGUCGCUUUCCAUUGUGAGCAGACGUGUUCAAUAAACGUGGUUUUGAUUUUCAAACAAUUCGGUUUUGAACAGUGUUCUGGAACGGAUUAUGGACGAAAACCGAGGUUUGACUGUAUAUUGUAUUGCACCACUGAUCUCUGCUCGAUGACUCCGCACAUUGUCGCUUGGUGGUACUACUGCACGACGGUAUCCUUAUAUUACGGAAAGUCUUUCCAUCCUUAUAUGUCAUGUCUUGGUUAAUCGUAGUUGUUUGUUAUUGCGAUACUAGUGCAGCCUAUACUACCGGAGAUAAAUUCUUUUUCUGUGUUCUACAUACUUGGCCAAUCAAGAUGAUUCUGAUUCUGAUUGAAGGCAACAUGACUCAGAAGAGUAGAUGAAAACAUUUCAAAUUCCAUCCAAUUUGGUGAGGAAGUGGAGCGUGAGCCUUUGGAGAACUUAUUACAUCCUGGAGAGGUUCCCAAUCAGAUCUGGAGAAAGGAGUUUUCCCCUAUCGGCGAAUCCCGACAGCAUGUUUGGAAGAACCAUUAGGAGGCAUCACGCAUCCACUGGCAGGUGUUAAAACUUCAAGAGUGUUUUU